GUUAGUAAAAAACAAAGAAAAAGUUCUUUGUUUUGCUAGAUUUCGUAUAUUAAACUUCUUAUAAAAAGCGAAAAAUUGUGUUGAAAACAAUUACAUUAAAAAUAUUAAAGCCACUGCCAAUUAAGUGAACAGGUCAAGAAACAGGAUAGAAAAUCAGCGAAUGCAUUUUUGGCAGGAUGGAAUGAGCACUCAGAAUAAAUAAUAAUAGAGGCACAGAGAAAGGAAGAGAGCAAAAGUAAUUGCUUAUCAAAUAAAUUCUUUUUUUGCGGAUUGUAUUAAAUUUUAAUGGAAAGGAUUGAAAAAUCGACAACACUUUCUGGCAUUAUAAUACAGAUCAGUUAAACUGACUCUUGUCAUAUUUCAGUUGAUUGCAGUUCCUCAUCCUUCGCUGUUUUUGGACUCGUCCAAGCAUAUGUGUUCUAGUAAUCCUUUUAGCUCCCAUUGCUUGGUAUUUAACAUCUUGAAGCCUCUCGACUUCUCCAUCGGUCGCACUUACGUGGUACCGAUCGUUUCAUCGUUUUAUUUAUCAAUUUCCAUCAAUGGUGUAACAGAAUGGACAGCGUUUUUGAAGCAUAUUUAGGACCGGAUGGAAUGUUAGGAGCGGUGGCUGGAAGUGGCGGUGAACCUGACGAUAUACCCAAAGUUAAUAGCAAAGUGUGGGUUUUGGGUAAACAGUACAAUGCCGUACAAGAGCUAGAUUUAAUACGCCGAGACAUAAGGUCGAGGCUGUGGUGUACAUAUAGAAGAGGUUUCGUGCCUUUAGGGGAACCGCAACUAACUACUGACAAAGGUUGGGGUUGCAUGUUGAGAUGUGGCCAAAUGGUCUUGGCACAAGCAUUAAUCGACUUGCAUUUGGGGCGCGACUGGUUUUGGAGCACAGAAUGCCGUGAUUCUACUUACCUAAAAAUUGUUAAUCGUUUCGAAGAUUCACGUAAAAGUUACUUUUCUAUACAUCAAAUUGCUCUAAUGGGUGACUCAGAAGAUAAAAAAGUAGGCCAAUGGUUUGGCCCAAACACAGUUUCACAAGUGCUCAAAAAAUUAGUUCGUUACGAUGAUUGGUGUAGUUUGGUGAUACAUGUGGCCAUGGACAAUGUCAUUGUUAUAGACGAUAUAAUUACUCUUUGCUUGGAGAAGCCUCAAAAUGAGGAAAGCUGGAAGCCGUUAUUGCUUAUGAUUCCCUUGCGUUUGGGCUUAAGUGAUAUUAACCCGAUUUAUAUACCCGCGCUUAAAAAAUGUUUUGAAUUGGUGGGCAAUUGUGGAAUGAUUGGUGGCAGGCCGAAUCAAGCUUUAUAUUUUGUGGGCUAUAUUGAUGAUGAGGUUUUAUACUUAGAUCCACACACUACACAACGUUCCGGCACAGUUGGCCAAAAAACGUCCGCGGAUGAAAUAGAUUUUGACGAGACUUUUCAUCAAAAAUACGCAGGUCGAAUCAAUUUUGCACAAAUGGAUCCCUCAUUGGCACUGUGUUUUCUGUGCAAAUCCCGUGUGGCUUUUGAUAUAUUACUGGAUAAAAUGAAAACGGAGGUUUUACCGGCCAGUCCUCAACCUUUAUUUGAAAUAAUGCAAAAGCCUAGUUCGGAGUGGAAAUCUACUGUAGCAGUUACUAGUCCAUGUAGACAUUCACACUCUAGUGAUGAUCUAAUCAGUUAUAAUCACUCUUUGACCAUCCCGACUGUCUUGCAAGACUCGAGUUAUAUCUCAGAUCGUACUACUUCUACUAACUAUGGCGAUACAGAAGAUUUUGAAAAUGUUAAUCAUACGCCACGCGAGUUGAGACGUGCUUGCUGUGACGACGUAUUGGAUUCAGAUGAAGACUUUGAAUUUAUUUCUUAGUUUCUUUUUUAAGAUCACAUAUGUACGUGUAUGCAAUUUUUGUUAUAUGGAGUAAAGUUUAAUGAGCAGAAAUGUUGGGGAGAUAUAUAUAUAUUUUUUUUAUAUUAAGAUUUUUUUUUUAUAAAAUUAGCUUCUAAAUUUUGUAUAAUUAAAUCAAAACUGUUUUAAACAUUUCACAAAAGUCUUCGAUACCUUAUCGGGUGUUGAAAAAGCCUUAAGUAAAUAAAUAAAAUUAAUUUGGCUUU